UUGAGUUGGCUCAGAAACUAACCUGGGUUAGGAGUUGCCAAGGACUAUUACCGUGACUUGUCAGGGUCUACUGUGGCCAAAGGUGGCUGCCUAUAGUACAGAGACCCUGAAGGGCCUCAAACCCCCAAAUAAUCUCCUAACUGACUGCUGCCUGAUACUCUAUUAGAACUCCUUUAUCUUAAAACUCGGAUCCAUGUUAAUCAGCCAGCCUCCUGGCUGGGGCCUGGACCCCCCCUAGCAAAACUUUCCAUUGAUGUUUCUCUAAUACAGAAACCAGGGCUGACCUGUUUCUGCAAUUACCUAACAAGCUGCUCCUUGUCUGGGGGAAGAAAACCUGGCUAGCUGCCCCCUUAGUUUUUCGUCACCCCACCCCCUUCCAGUCUGACUUUCUCCUGUCAUCCACUUCCUCAGGAAACACGUAAGCGCUUCACACAGUUCACCUCUGAGGCCUGACCGUGUCUGCACGCUGAAUUCUGCUCCCACUAGACCUCCAUCCCACCAACCCGUUCGGUACCUGCUGACACAUACAGCUGUGUACAGGGUGGAGUUACAUCUAGGCAGCAGGUUUUGCCCAAGUAUAGCAACUCAGGUCAUCUACAUCGUGGCACCGCCACGUAGAACCUGCAGAGGUGCCCUUACCCGGUGACAAACACCUCCUCCUUGACACCAUUAGGGUAAGAACCACAGCAUUUGGUCUUCAGGGUGCAAAUCCAAGAUCAGGGAAUGGGCUCAGGCAGAACGAAGAGGCUCCUAUCAGCAUGUGUUGGCAUGCACCAGGCGGACGGUGGGAGGAGCCCUCUGCAUUCUGUUGUCCAACAACUGAUUACAUUUGGCCACUUGCUCUCCUGGCUGAGGUCUCUGACAGGAAGGGGGCGGGGCAAGUGUGGAAAAGGCCCAUUGUUACUUCCUAAGGUUCCUGCCAGAGAGAAGAGAGGGUAUAAUGUAAGGCUUGCACUGUAAGACAAUGCUUCUCAGGCUUUAAUAUGGAUGGUAUUAAAAUGCAGAUUCUGGUUCAAUAGGUCGGGGGUGGGGCGACAUUCUGCAUUUGUAACAAACUCUCCCAGGGGGCAGUGCAGCUGCACAAUCUGAAUAGCAAUGAUUGUAAGGGGUUAGCCCUUCCCAAAAAGUCACUUGAUACAUACAAAUCCAUUUAUCCUGGAGGAUUGGAGUGUCUCCUCUCACAAGUAAGAAGUUGGGUCCAAGUUCAGAUGACUGGUUGAGAGGAAAACCAAUGACGCCGUCGCUCUGGUUGUCUCCAAGAUUGUCCUGGGAAGGACCCAGGAGAAGGGCAGAUCAGUGCCUGAAUUUGGGGUGGGUCUUCCAGAACAGAAGGAAAGGUUUACAGUGAAGGAAGGUAAAGGCUCAAAACUGCCUCAGAAACAGUUGCUGUUCAAAUAAACCAUGCUGUGCGUCAUUCGCUGUGCUGGGUAUGCAGUUUGCACGGAUCACCGCAUCCAUCAGUAUGAUGAUCCUGUGGGUACUAUGGCUUUCCUCUUACACAAUAAGGAAACUGAGGCUCAGAGAGGAAAGCUCCAGCCAUGGCACUGGGGCUCUUCCGGGUGUGUCUGGUGGUGGUGACAGCCAUCAUCAACCACCCACUGCUAUUCCCAUGGGAGAAUGCCACGGUCCCCGAGAACGAGGAGGAGAUCAUCCGCAAGAUGCAGGCGCACCAGGAGAAGCUGCAGCUGGAGCAGCUACGCCUGGAAGAGGAGGUGGCACAGCUGGCGGCCGAGAAGGAGGCCCUGGAGCGGGCAGCAGAGGAGGGCCAGCAGCAGAAUGACAGCCGCACGGCCUGGGACCUGUGGAGCACCCUCUGCAUGAUCCUCUUCCUGGUGAUCGAGGUGUGGCGGCAAGACCACCAGGAUGGCCCCUCGCCUGAGUGCCUGGGCGGUGACGAGGACGAGCUGCCUGGCCUGGCAGGCACCCCCCUCCGAGGCCUCACCCUGCCCGACAAGGCCACGCUGGACCACUUUUAUGAGCGCUGCAUUCGGGGGGCCACAGCCGACGCGGCCCGCACCCGGGAGUUCGUGGAAGGCUUCGUGGAUGACUUGCUGGAAGCCCUGAGGAGCCUCUGCAACCGGGACACAGACAUGGAGGUGGAGGACUUCAUUGGCGUGGACAGUAUGUAUGAGAACUGGCAGGUGGACAAGCCACUGCUGUGCCACCUCUUCGUGCCCUUCAUACCCCCUGAGCCCUACCACUUCCACCCAGAGCUCUGGUGCUCCAGCCGCUCAGUGCCCUUGGAUCGCCAGGGCUACGGCCAGAUCAAGGUAGUCCGGGCUGACGAGGAUACGCUGGGCUGUAUCUGUGACAAGACCAAACUCGGGGAAGACAUGCUGUGCCUUCUCCACGGCAAGAACAACCUGGUGCAGCCGGGCAGGGAGGUGGAAGACCCACUGUGUGGCAAAGGUUCCCCAUACCUGAACACAUUGCAGGUCAUGAAGUGGUUCCAGACAGCCCUCACCAGAGCCUGGCACCGGAUCGCCCACAAGUACGAGUUCGAGCUGGCCUUUGGGCAGCUGGACACCCCGGGGUCCCUCAAGAUCAAGUUCCGCUCGGGAAAGUUCAUGCCCUUCAACCUGAUUCCUGUGAUUCAGUGUGACGACUCAGACCUGUAUUUUGUCUCCCACCUUCCCAGGGAGCCCUCCGGGGGGACCUCAGUGUCCAGCACUGACUGGCCCCUGUCCUUUGCUGUGUACGAACGACACUUCCUCAGGACCACAUCAAAGGCACUGCCCGAGGGUGCCUGCCACCUCAGCUGCUUGCAGAUCGCUUCCUUCCUGCUCUCCAAGCAGAGCCGCCUCACCGGCCCCAGUGGGCUGGGCAAUUACCAUCUGAAGACGGCCCUGCUGCACCUCCUGCUCUCCCGGCGGGCGGCAGACUGGAAGGCCGGGCUGCUUGACGCUCGUCUGCAUGAGCUGCUCCGCUUCCUGGAGAAGAGCCUGCUCGAGAAGAAGCUCCAUCACUUCUUCAUCGGCAAUCGCAAGGUUCCCGAGACCAUGGGACUCCCUGAGGCGGUGCGAAGGGCCGAGCCUCUCAACCUCUUCCGGCCCUUCGUCCUGCAGCGAAGUCUCUACCGGAAGACAGUGGACUCCUUCUAUGAGAUGCUCAAGAACGCCCCAGCACUCAUUAGCGAGUACUCCCUCCAUAUCCCCACAGACCAUGCCAGCCUGCCCCAAAAACCUGUCGUCUUGUAGAGCAGCCAGGACCUCGCGGGCCAAGACACAAGGCAUCCCACCUGUGUACACGCCUGGGGGCAUCUGCAGGCCCUAUCCUAGGAAAAUGGAAGGCUUGGUUGGGAGCCCUGGCACAGCCUGCCAGGACAGCCAGGCCCUGUAGCGUGGAGGAAACAGAAUUGCAAGCCAGAAGCUGGUUUGCUUUCAUGCCGUUGGGGCCUGCUGGCGAAGCUGUUAUCUGGGUUUGGGGACUGAUCCGUUGCAGCUUGUUUUUGGAUCAUCACAAAUGGCCAAGAUGAUGAUGGGACACUCUGUGGACACUGAGUUAGAGAUAAUGCAACAGCAAUUUGGGUGUAAUUCUUUUUACAUCCCAGGUCCAGUCUUUACUUGAAUAUCAACAGGAAUGCUGAUCGACGGGAAUGCUGACAGGGUUCCAUGUUAAGACCCCCACCUCUGUGUCCAGUAACCCUUGACCCCAGGCAUCUGCAACCAAAGCACUAAUAGGGACAGGUGUGGGAAUUUGCAGCCUUCUAUCCACAGCCUGCACAACAGGGUCCCACUGUGGCUGCCGUUUUUUAUACUAUUUGGAGAAAAGACCUAGUAGAGACCCAAGGCCCAAGUGGCUAAAGUCUCUGUUGCACAGAAGUGGGUACUUAUGGCAGAGAGAAGUGUAAGUUGGCCAGUUUUUCAGCUGCACAUUUCAUUCAGGGUGCAUCCCCUUCUCCCUGCCUCUCCCUCAGUGUGCUGUGUCCCCAUCACUGUGGGCGCAACAUCCCAUGCCAGGUACAAGCCCAGUGGCCCCUCAUCCCUCUCUAUUCUCUCCACAGCUAAUCUUUCUGACCAUCAGUGUGGGAGGGGAGGGCUGGAGGCUGAAGCUGACAGGCACAGGGUGGAGGGAAGGACAGCCUGGCACCCAGGGUGCUGGGGCUUCGGAUUGCAAUCUGGCCUCUAAUGCCCGGUUCAGAGGAACUUGCAGAGCUAAGAGGUGAGGGAUGCUAUAGCCGUGGGUGCUCCCCAAGGCUCCAGUCCUAGAGCAGGGCAGGCCUGGAAGCAAGAGCUGCCAUGGAAACCCAGCUCCCAUCUGCAGGUCCCGAAACCCCCUGAGCUGUUCACUCCAGCAGGGCUCCCUCACUUCACAGAACCCCCUUCUGGGUGGUUCUUGCUGGCUGCACAGAUGACCAAGACCCAAAGAGCCUGACGGAGGCCCAGCUGAGUGGGCACACAGGAACACACUGCGGGCAUAGCCCCCAGGCUUCAGAAGCCACCUGGGCACUGCUGAGAACGGCGGUGACUUGGCGGUCACCAGAGCCUGCAGUUGGAGCUGGCCUCUGUCUCCUGGUUCAGGAGGGCUGGAAAACCAUUCCCCCGCUUGCGACUUCACUGGUCCAUUGGGAUUUCUUUUUUUGGCGUUGCCUCAGUAACCCUUGCAGAGGGCCAAAGCAGCAGCAAGAAUGAGUGUGCCUUCACCAGCACCUGGAUUCUCCCUUCAGGGCGUAAGCUGGCCAUGCCUCCCAGACAGAAUACCCAGUUCCAUGGAGGCUCACCGCAAACUGAAGAAAAGAUACUGCCCCUCCCCCUGGAGUGCUGUCACCUAGCCUCAGAGUGCUUAAGAAGAUGGACAGUUUUCCUGGCAGGCUUAAUUCAGGGUGCGAGGCUCAGCUGCGAUGAGGCACUGUAGCAAGCAUUUAUGUGAGCUGGGCUUAGACGGAGCAGCACUGGGGUCGACCCCUUCCCAGACCCACAGCGUCUGGGGCAGUCCAGGGACUGAUCCUGCCCAUGUGGUCUCCAACAAUAGCCCCCCACCCCCCAUUGUGUCGGGAUUCAUUUCCAAAACUGGGGUGAAUUUCCUUAUUUAUUAUCGCCGGUGCCUUUCCUUUCCCCUCAUCAUCCCAUCUCAUUGUGCUUAGAAGAGAUUCCAGCAACCAAGAACCAGCCUCCAGACGUCAAGACCAAGCCUGACUCUCCCUCGGCUUCCCCUUUGCUUCCAGGAGAAUGUUCAUUGAACAAAAAUACCUUCUGGCCUCUCGUUUAUACAGAGGCCAGAACGCAGCGGGAAAAUGGAGAUAUUUUAUGCACCCAAACUGCUUAUGGAGCAGAAAGUAGCAGGGCUCUUGGUGUUUCAUGCUGCCUUAUUUAUAUUAAAGGGAGAAUUAAAUUCUUGCAAGGAGUAGAAACUGGUCAUGGUGCUUGUUUUUAACUUCAGGAAAUCGGUGCGGUUCCUGAGGCCGAGUUGGGGAGGGGGGUAGAUUUCCUACUGAUGAGCAGAAGCUUUCACUCCUUUUUAUCCUUCUGCUUUCAGAAAACUUUGAAAAAAAAUAGCAAAAUAGGACAUUUCUAGCCCAUCUCUGAAGCAGCCUGGAGAGUUCCAGAAAGGCCUUUGAAAGCCAGCUAUAGGGUGGAGUCCAGAGUUUGGUGUGUGCCAAGAAAUGUGGGAGCUAGAAGUAAUGUGAAGCUUUGGUUUUCUAGAAAAGAGGCUGUCUUUUAAAUGGAAGAGUUGGAGUCCUUCAGGGCAAUUAGGACACCCAGCCAUCUUUCUCCAAGGAACCUCUUCCUUCCCAAGGAUGUGUGGCUUUACCCAGCCUCUGCUCACUUGCUGUGCAGAACGUUCCAGGACUGCAAUACUCUGAGCCUCUUGACAAGGCUGAAAUGAGUAGUGUGGCCCAAGGCCAAGAGGCUGGUUAGGGUGGGGAGGGCCCUGCAUCCUCAAAAGACCCAGCCCCUUUCUGCCUUACUAAAGCACAGCCCAGGUUGAGAACCUGGAGCCAGCACUUUGGUUCAUCAUCAAGGGUGUCCUUAGAAUGACCUGGAGAGCUUGGUCAAAUGCCCACACCUCACCUUGAACCUACAUGGCACCCAGGUAAGGCUCUACUUCUAAAGCUCCCUCAAGUGACUGAUGACACCCCUAGUUGAGGGUGGCUUUUCACGGUCUUUCAAAAUGUCAAGUUAAAGAAAACUCAAGUGGACUGCUUUCCAUAGAGCAGGGGUUGGCAAACUUUUGAGACAAGAGCCAAUCCUGUCCCUCAACAAUUUAAAAAUUAUUCGAG